UGGACACGGCAGGCCAGAGAAGGAAUCGAAGGAAAAGGGCGGAGGAGAGGGAGCUACCGGGGGGGACUGAGAAAACGAUAAACCAUCGUCAGUUUUAGCGGCAGGACAAUUUAUUAUAUUUAACCUAAAUAUCGCAGGACUUUACAGACACUUGGAAGCUACUUUGACUACGGUGAACGACAUAUGACCAUAAGGUGACCUCCUGUUUGCUCAGAUUGUAGCGCAAGGGAUCGGCAAGCUUCACCGUCCUUCAGAAGAUUUUGUCUGACGGGGCAGGUGGGUGGGCGGGCCACAGGGAGUUGCGGGAGCCAUGCAUCAGGGGUGAGGGAGAUUCGCUGCGGGGGACACACACAGCGUCGGGUGAGGAGGGGGUCGGGGCAGGUCGGUGUGGAGAUGAAGCUCAAACAGCGCAUGGUGGUGCUGUGUGCCGUGCUCCUCCUGCUGGGCCUGGCCAAGAUCUUCCUGCUGGAUGGAGGCGAGGGAUCUGCAGCCACCCGGCGGGAUCUCAGAGCAUUUCGCAAGAUGGAAGCUGGCCUUACUCUGUCCCGGGGAGCUCGCCUUACCCACACCCUCCAGUCUCCGUGGGAGAUAGCAAGCCAGUGGGUGGGCCCGAGAGAGGUGUACCCUGAGGAGACCCCAGAGCUGGCUGCUGUGCUCUCGUGCCUCAGCACUGCCAGGAUAGAACGGGCAGAUGUGGGCUAUAAGGGCACGCAGCUCAAAGCCCUGCUGGUGCUGGACGGGGGACAGAAAGUGGUCUUCAAACCCAAGAGAUAUAGCAGAGACUACGUGGUCGAAGGCGAGCCAUACGCAGGCUAUGACAGACACAAUGCAGAGGUGGCUGCUUUUCACCUGGACAGGAUCCUUGGGUUCAGGAGAGCACCACUAGUGGUCGGGAGGUACGUCAACGUGCGAACGGAGAUUAAACCUGUGGCCACAGACCAGCUGCUUAGUACCUUCCUAAUGCAGGGUAAUAAUACAUGUUUUUAUGGAAAGUGUUAUUACUGUCGGGAGAGCGAGCCAGCGUGUGCAGAGGGAGAGAUCAUGGAGGGGUCGUUAACCCUUUGGCUGCCGGACGUCUGGCCUUUGCAGAAACACAGACACCCCUGGGGACGCACAUACAGAGAGGGGAAACUGGCCAGGUGGGAGUACGAUGAGAGUUACUGCGAGGCGGUGAAGAAGAUGCCUCCCUACGAUGCAGGGCCGAGGCUGCUGGACGUCAUCGACACGGCCAUAUUUGAUUAUCUGAUUGGGAACGCUGACCGGCAUCACUAUGAGAGUUUCCAGGACGACGGCGGCGCCAGCAUGCUCAUCCUGCUCGACAACGCAAAGAGCUUUGGGAACGCUGCUCUGGAUGAGCGAAGUAUCCUCGCGCCACUCUAUCAGUGCUGCAUGGUUCGUGUGUCCACAUGGAACAGGUUAAACCUACUGAAGGGUGGAGCUCUGAGUUCAGCGAUGCGGCAGGCCCUGGCAUUCGACCCCAUCCACCCGGUCCUGGCUGAGCCACAACUCGCAGCCCUGGACCGGCGUCUGUCUGGAAUCAUAGCAACCGUCAAGCAGUGUAUGGAGGCACAGGGCCCCGACAACGCUCUGAUAGAGGACCGAAUAAACCUCCCACACCCCUAGCACUAAGGGACAGGAGAAAACGGUGCAACAGGAACAGCCAGGACUUUACCCCACACGUCUGGAGGAGAGGAGAGGGCCCUGGUGUUAAAGAGAUGCAGAGUGAGUAAAUGGAUGGCCAAGGGUGGAACGGAGACUGUAUUUCUUCCACCCUGGUCCGUUUUUUUUUUUUUUUUUUUUUUU